UCUUUGUUGCGACUUCCUGUUUCUUCUUCCAUCUGGGUUCUCACAACGUCUCCUUUACCUCUCUCUCUCUCUCUCUUCAAAUUUCUAUCCUAAAUUUAAUAUCCUUUCUGAUCCACUUCUUUGGUUUACUACUGCUCAUCUAAUUUUUAUUUCCACAGAAAUUAAAGGUUUUCAUAUAUAUAAAUAUAUAUCAAUGGAGACUUCAUCUUCUUCUUCAUCUUCUUCUUCUUCUUCUUCAUGUAUGAAAUGGAGCUGUGAAAAUGGGUAUCAACCUCAUGUUCUUGCUGUUGAUGAUAAUCUUGUUGAUCGUAAACUUGUUGAGAAAUUGCUCAAAAACUCCUCUUGUAAAGUAACGACGGCAGAAAAUGGUGCGAGUGCUUUGGAGUUCUUAGGUUUGUUGGAUGAACAUAAUCAACACACCAACUUUGAAGAAUGCUCCAAUAGGUCAAAGGUGAAUAUGAUCAUCACUGAUUAUUGCAUGCCAGGAAUGUCCGGAUAUGAACUUCUCAAGAAAAUCAAGAGAUCUUCGAUGAUGAAGGAAGUUCCUGUGGUGGUUGUCUCAUCGGAAAACGUGCCCACUCGCAUCAACAAGUGUCUAGAGGAAGGGGCAGAGAUGUUUAUGCUGAAACCUUUGAAACAAUCUGAUGUUGUGAAGCUCAAAUGCCAUUUCAUGAACUGACAACACAACUACACAAUAUAUAAUCUCUAAAUCGUAUUUGGUAUAUGAUGAUGAUGAUGAGGUUGAGGGUGUUAUAUAUAUAUAUGCAAGUUUUGUGGAAGGGUUAGGGGAAGUUGCAUCAUUUUCUUGUGUUUAUUUUUAUAUUUGUUCAAUGAAUAUAAUUCCAAUCAUUUUGGUUUCAUCUCACAAUCUAAUCAUCCAUU